AUGAAUACCACAUCAAAUGAAGAUGUUAACAAUAAGGACAAUCCAAAAGAGGUUAAAAAAAGAAAGAAACGAAAAAAAAAAAUCAUCAUAGAUGUUCGAAAAAAAGUUUUACGGAAAAAUGAAUUUUUGAGUGAACAUAUAAUAAAUCAAAAUGGUCAUAAGGAAAAUUUACCAAGUAAAGAGUAUACCAAUAAUACCACAAGCAGUAAGAAAGCUACUAGUAAAAAUGGACAAAAGAGUAAUACUGAACCUUUAAAAAAAGUUUUGUUUUUUGAUAAAGAGUACAAUAUCAGAGAGAUUGGACGAUGCCAGAUAUCUGACCUUCUUCUAAACCGAGUGCAGAAAAAAUAA